CACUGUCAUGUCUGCCCGAAGAAAGAACCCUCAAAUUCCUAGCUUACCCCGACUAAGUAAUAUCGUACAACAAUUGAAAUGGCUAUGCCGCGCCACAGUCACAUACGACCGAGCUUAUUGGGUAUGGAUAGCGCCAGCCCAGACUACUUGUGUGCUCUUUAGCCCAUUGUUGUAUCCUCAGCUUGGUUUUCCCAAGGUAUCUGAACCCCUAACAGCCCAAUAUGACAUCUUCUCAACCCCGUGAGUCGCCUUGGUCUUGAUGCCCCUGAGCGGUCCGUCUGUCCCGUAUCCCUAUCUUGGCUGCCUCCAUAGCCAUGCUGCUCGUCGCUCGACGCCCUCUUUUGUCUUUCUCUCAACCCUCUUCCCCGUCCUUGGCUUGUUACCGCAUCUAACUCGAGAACCGGCGGG